CUAAAACCCUAAAUUUGUACAUGCAUAUAUACAUAUUGUAGAUACAGUACCUGUUCCUUUCCAUUCUCCUGUCGUUCGAGUUCUUCCCUUUGAGCCUCCCAGUUGAGAAGCGAAAUGAAGGUGAUUGCAGCGUAUUUGUUGGCCGUUUUGGGAGGCAAAACAACCCCUUCUUCCGAUGAUAUCAAAGAUGUCCUUGCCUCUGUUGGAGCUGAAUGCGAUGAUGAUAGGAUAGAACUUCUUCUGUCAGAAGUCAAGGGUAAAGAUAUAACUGAGCUUAUUGCAUCUGGGCGGGAGAAAUUGGCCUCAGUGCCUUCUGGCGGUGGUGCUGCAGUUGCAGUGGCUGCAUCUGCCAGUGGUGCUGCCGCUGCUCCAGCUUCUGCUGAGUCAAAGAAAGAGGAGAAAGUGGAGGAGAAGGAGGAGUCAGAUGAUGAUAUGGGCUUCAGUCUUUUUGACUAGAGAGUUCUUUAGCUGUUACCCUGUACAAAUCAUUUUCCUCCUCAAUUUGGAGCUCUGUUUGGACGAUGAAGUUUUGUUUUCCAGAUUCAUGUAGUUCUUAGCUUAUAUAAACUUUUAGUAAGUCAAAUUGUUAUUUGCAAUUUUACAAUAUGUUGGAUUUUGUCUUGCUCGAGUUCUAUAAUGAGAUGGUGUCAUGAGCCUUUCAUUGUA